GAGGAAUGCGGUGUUUAUUAUAUUAACAGAAAGUGCAGUAGCUCGACUCGUCACGUUUUUGAUGUCAUGGAUCAUUCAUGGAUAAACAAUAAUAAAGAACUUUAAUUCGUUUGUCAUGGAAGGAAUGUUAUGUGUCGUAAUUCCAACCCCAGGAUUCGGUUGUUUGUCAUGGAAGGAAUGUUAUGUGUCGUAAUUCCAACCCCGGGAUUCGGUUGUUUGUCGUCUCAGCCUUGUUUACAUGUCGCGUUCGUCAUGUUCGUGGAUACAUGCUGUAAUAUACAGUAUUUGUCUGACGAAGCUAGGUUUUCGCGUAAUGGACGCCCUUGAACCAUCUGUGGGAAUGCUACAGUUGGCCGCAAAGGAAGAAUUAUACCGCACCUCGUAUAAUAUAGGAAUCUCCGCGGAACCUUUACCGCUUCCUUCCGACAAAUAUGACCCCAUUACUAUCUGUGGUUGGCAUGGCAACACCAGUUCCCUAGCGGACGCUCUACCGGAGAUGAUUCGAGUGGUUAAACCAGGUGGUUACAUUUGUGUUGUGAUACGGAUGGACUUCGUUAAGGACGGGGACGACUACAAGGACACGUACCUUAGGCAGUGUGUCAAGUUAGCGGCGGACGACAAGUGGGAACAGAAACAGUUCACUAGAUUCCCGAGCCUCAUAACCGACGUAGAGGGUGUCAAGAUGAUGUUUAAGGUCUGCUAAACAAUGAUUUUAUCAUUACAGUGAUUGUGUCAUAACAGUAAUUGUGUCAUUACAAGGAUUGAAUCAUUACAGUGAUUGUGUCAUUACAGUGAUUUUUUAAUUACAGUUAUUUUGUCAUUACAGUGAAUUUUUAAUUACAGUGAAUGUAUCAUUACAGUGAUUUUGUCAUUACAGUGAUUUUGUCAUUACAGUUAUUUUGUCAUAACAGUGAUUUUGUCAUUACAAAGAUUUUUCAAUUACAGUGAUUAUGUUAUUACAGUGAUUUUGUCAUUACAGUGAUUUUUCAAUUACAGUGAUUUUUCAAUUACAGUG